UUGUCUGUCAACUCACCCAACUGUUGUUCUAUUUUUAAACGUGAAUCUUUUCCUUCAAACCAUUUGGAUUUUAUUUCAUUUCAUUUUUAGUUUUCUUUUUUAAAUUUUUCUAAAUUCACACAAUUUAAUUGUUAUCCUUGAUCACUUUCUUUUCAAGGCUAAUUGGACAUUGUUUUCUAUCAACCUUUUUUUUUCUUCUCUCUCACUGUCUCUUUCUUUCUUCAUCUCAAGUUAACCUGUGAUUAAGAUGACUGACUCACCGGUUAGACAAUCUCAGAAUUCUAGUUUAACACCUAGAAGUGCCAAAUUCAUUUCCGUUAUGUUACCCAAAAGUGUCCUUUCAAAUAACCAAGAAAAAAACACUUCCAUUGAGGAUUUGGUGCUCACUGAUCAAUCAAAAGCUUUCACUAUGUUGAAACAGAAUAAAGGUUCAAGGAUAAGGAUGUUUGAUAAUUACGAAGAUGCUUUCAAUUGUAGCUUGGAAGGUAUUAGUGAUCCUGAAUCAAAUCGAGAACCUUCAAAGGAAAAAGUCGCUGCCAAUUUCCCUACACCCUCACCUCCCGAAUUAAGUGUCCUCCGUCGAGCGAUAGAACGAGGUGAUUUAGAUUCAAUCCGAUCUCAGGUAUCAACAAAUCCUAAAUUUCUAAUCACCACCAGUGAUACUCCGGUCAUUUUGAUGGAGGGGCCUCGUUAUAAUGCCGUUCAUAUUGCAUCCAAAUUCAAUCAAGUUGAAAUUCUUGAUUUUAUCCUGAAAACUGUUAAUAGUCCAACUUUCAUAAAAACAUUGUAUCCAAAUGAUUCCGAUGAGAUUACGGAAGCAACAAUGAAACGUUUACUCGAUUUAUACCUGAACACACCCGAUAAAGCAGCUCUCGAUACUCCGUUACAUUUUGCUACUAAAUUUGCCGCCGUUGAUUGUGUUAAACUGCUUCUUUCUUACCCUGAUUGUGAUCGAGGUCGACCCAAUAAGUUUAAUCAAGUUCCAUAUGAUGUAAUAUGUUCAAGGAAAAACGAUGAAAAGGCAAAGAAACAGAUCAAAGAUCAUUUUGAAGCUCGAUUUUAUGUUGCAAUCAAUCGUGAAUUUGAUCGUGUUACCGUUUGUAAGCCAAGUGAAACACCUCCUCUUGAUAACAGCAUUUCCGGUAUCGCUGGUCCAAUGUCACCUAAAUUAGCGGAAGAAAUUUACAAUACACUUAAAUCUCCACCGAAAGCUUCCUCACCUCGUAAAUUUCGUAUCCGUUUCACCGAUGGAUCUCGAGGGGUUGAAAGGGUCGCCUCAAUGGAGUGUCGUCGAUUACAUUUAAAUUGGGUUGAAUAUUGGCCAUUUUUAGAUUGUUACAUUGAUUUAACUUCACCUGAAGGUCUUGAGAUGCUGGAAAAUCAUUUGAAAAAAGUUCACAAGGAUCUUACAAGUAAGCAACCUGAUGAGGAAGAAUCUUCAAGAUUGAUUGAAUCGCUAUCAGAAUCCAAUAGCCGAGAUCAAAGUACAAUUAGUUACCUUUGUGAUAGACUUGGCUCUCUUGCUCUAAUCUCAACAUCUCAGGAAAUAAAAUCACAAGCUGAUGAAGAUGAAGAUGCAAAUGAACAGGUCGAUGAUGUCCAGUUAAGUGACCAAUUAAGUAGUGAUGAAGAAAGUGAUGAAUCUUAUAUGACACCUCCAUCAAGUCCAAUAAUUCAAGUUGAUUACUAUGUUAACGGUUCAUUGAUGACCCAAAGUGAUAGAGAUGCAGCAAAUGCACUGGCCGAAAUUAAUAUUGACCAAUUUAGAUAUCCAUACCUAGCCCAAUGGUUGAGAAAAGUGAAACUUAAACAACCAAUUCCAUCUCCAUUCAAGGAAACCCAUGAAUCAAGUUUCUCUAAGGAAAUGUUUAACUUUGUUCCAACUGAAUCAACACCAAGGACAAGGAAAAGCAUCAACUUGAUUGAUCUAAUUACACCUCGACGAUACUCUUUUAACGAUCAUACAAACGAAGAGGAUAAGGGAGAUGAUGAUGAUGAUGAUGAAAAUGAUGUCUUCCAAGAUAGUGUUUGUCACUUAACUGUAGAUAUUAGUGAUGAUUCUUACAAAUAAGAAUUCAGUCUUCCAUUAUCAUCUACUGAUCAUAAUCAAUUGCAAGUUAAAUCAUAAUCACAAGGAUGGAAAUAUCAACUUCUUAAAUUUGUCUAAAUUAUUUUCCACUGUUAUCAUUAUUGUUAUUGUUAUCAAAUUGUAUAACUUUAUAUACA